CGAUUAUGCAGAGGGAUCACGAUGGAACGUUUGAAUAAGCUCUUGCCGUACCACGUCCAGGCCAGGAAAGUCAGGUUGUCGUACGUCGACGAGUUGUUCCCGGACCUCAAGGACGAUCCUUAUAUCGUUCUUCACAAAAACGUGCCCGACACAUCGCAAUCCGCCGGCCACAACAGGGAAAACAGGGAGAAAAGUUUCAACGAUUACUCCGCAAGACACGAUGUCAGUGGCUCGCCCUUGGAAUACUCAUUCGGCAUCUGCGGGUUCGACGACACGAUCCUUACAACAAGACAUAACUGGAGGAAGGAGGAGGAGUCCUAUUUGCCGUUGAGUAGAAAUGAUGCGUGCAAUGCGUUGAACGUGUAUCUAGAACAUUUCGAUGGCAAUACUUUGCCAGUGUUAGCUCUUUGUGAUGGGAAAGAUCCCAGACAAAGCAAGCUUAUCGGCAGCAUUGUCCGUGAUAACUGGUUCACUACAUUAGAAGCAGUCUCUGUCGGUGUAGUGCCGCAGGCUACAGUAAGAAGUAAAUACCCCAAACUUAUACAGGAGCAUCUUAAGCUUUCAGGCAUGCAAGAGCAUGAUAUCAAAAUGUCUGUAUUUAAUACCUUCGAUUUGUUCGGUGUCAAGCAAGAAAGAAUUGAUUGGGAUAAGAUUGCCAGGAGCGACUUUGAAGGAAAUAUUGACAUCGAAAUGCAUUCGAGUAGCUUGGUGUUAAAUCCGAGAUUGUCGAAGAAUACACUGUUGGUUCAAGUAAAUACUGCCUGGAAAGACAGUCUUUUGAAGGAGCAGCGGUCUCAGUUACUCUUGUUGAGUCAAUAUUUACUGAUAAUAGAUGAGUAUCAGAAGAACAGUGGACAGCAAAACUCAGUAAAAUUUACAACGCCAUAUUUAGAGAAAUACGAAGCAGUAGCCGAGAAAUUGAAUCUUUUGCUGAACGGUGAUAUCAAUUUCCGGAAAUCCAAUAACAUCAAUAUCAAGGGAGUCGACUGUAAAAAGAAGGAAAACAUCGAGAUGGACGCGAAGCUGUCGGAACGCGUGCAAAACGUGUCUUUGAGGCACGACAUGGAUUUCACCGAUCACCUGUGGAAGAUACUUAUAGCGACCUCGGAGUACCCGCAGAUGACAAGCCUCGUCGAAACGAUUCUUAUGGAGAUUCUCGAGCACCGAUUCGUGCCACAGGCCAACGACACGAACUCGACGAGGAUAAUGAAGGUUGCGUCCGACAUGCGUGGCCAAGAGAUCACGUCUUUCAUCAGCUGUUUACUGCUAGGCAGCGCGCCGUUGGAGCUCGUCGUGGACGCCGGCUUCGAGAAGCUCGCCCGGGAUUACUUGUACAUCCUGAGGGGAGCGCGAUUGGUCGAUGCGUACGACAUCCGGCGGAAGUUGGCCAACGUGUCGUCCGGGGUCUUCAGCACGGAGAGCUACAGGAAGGGCUUGCUCACGUUGGCACAAAUUCACAUCAGUUUGGAAUGCAUGCUGCUCAUCGAGACGCACCUGGAAUGCCCGGCCGAAAGCUUGCAGAGCGUGUUCGCCCACGUGUACAAGGAGUUCCUCUCGGAGCUCUCGUCCCCGCUACACCACCACGCCGAACUCUGCGGCCGAGUUUACGCCUUGACGGUGCCGCUCCCGGCCGCGAUAGUCAGCGAGUUAAAUAUUCUAAAGACAGAUCCUACCGUGUGGAGAGCCGCCCUCUCGUCUCAUUCCGCCGCAUCGACGUUAACCACUACCAUGUAUUACAGCAAAACGCCUAUUUUCCCGACGAACGUUUAUCCUACAGACGACGCGGCUACACAGAAGGAGACGGUUCACGGUGUGAGCGCCACGUCGUCGUCGUCGAGGUACAAAAAGCUGUGAGUGUACGCGCGCUCAAGCAGCAGAUGCGGUGUUCGCCGAGCAAAACUGAACGAAACUUCAGAAUUGGUGCGAAUGAACGGGACGCAGUGCGAGGUAAUGAAACGUUUAAUUGAUCAAUCAAAUCAAAUAAAAAUUAUAAGAGUUAUCCUUCAAAUACAUUACAUGUAUUAUAGAUAUACAUAUAUAUAUAUAUAAAUAUAAACUACAUUUAUGAGUG